AUGGAUCAAUCUCUCGCCCUCAACGCCCUCGCGCCGUACAUCGCUCUCGCCAAGUCCGCCACCUCUCCCCGCGCCGCCGCAGAUCUCAUCACCCAAGCCACCAGCGCCGCCAAUACCUACGUCUUCGCCGAGCUACUGCAACACUCCAACAUUCAAACGCUGCAAGAGAACCCGGAAUACCGCUCCUACUACACUCUCCUCGCCAUCUUCUCGUGGGGCACAUGGGAGACAUACAAUCAAACCCCCGAUCUGCCCGCCCUGAGUGAUGCCCAGCUGCUCAAACUCCGCCUGCUCUCCCUCCUCACAAUCGCCUCGGACAGACAUGCAACGACCAGCUCGACGCCGCGUUCAUCCAAUCUGAGCUACGCCUCGCUCUGCGCCCUCUUGGGCCUCGCCACCCCUCUCGACCUCGAACACCUCAUCACCCAAGCAAUUUACUCCAACCUCCUCACCGCAACCCUCAACCCCGCCUCGCAAACAGUGCACAUCACCGCCGUCUCGCCCCUCCGCGACCUCGCGCCAGGCAGUGUAGGCGUGAUGACGACCGAGCUGGAGGCGUGGAGUCUGCGUUGCCAGAGCGUGCUCGCCACUCUCGAUGCGGAGAUUGCAAAGGUGCGCGGCGCAGCGGCGCGUAGGGCGAUGAGGGAGCAGAAGGCGGAAAAGCAGAUCAAGGUUGUGGUGGACAGUGCU